UUCUCUUCCACUUAACUCAUAUCAACCUUCGCCGGAAAUAAUGGCUUUCCCGCGAUUUCUUUCUCUCCUCACCACCGUCACUCUCUCUCUUUUCCUCACCACGACCGAUGCUUCCUCUCGCUCUCUAUCCACUUCACCUAAAACGACAGUACUCGACGUCGUUUCAUCUCUCCAGCAAACACAAACUAUCCUCUCACUCGACCCGACUCGUUCCUCACUCACCACCACCAAACCCGAAUCCAUAUCCGACCCGGUUUUCUUCAAUUCAUCUUCACCACUAUCUCUAGAGCUUCACUCUCGAGACACUUUCGUCGCGUCACAGCAUAAAGACUACAAAAGCCUAGUACUGAGUCGACUCGAGCGUGACUCAUCCCGAGUCGCCGGAAUCGCCGCGAAGAUCCGUUUCGCCGUGGAAGGAAUCGAUAGAUCCGAUCUCAAACCCGUUAACAACGAAGAUACUCGAUAUCAACCCGAGGCUCUAACGACACCUGUCGUCUCCGGAGUCUCCCAAGGAAGCGGCGAGUACUUUUCAAGAAUCGGAGUCGGAACUCCGGCGAAAGAGAUGUACUUGGUUCUCGACACCGGAAGCGACGUGAAUUGGAUCCAGUGUGAGCCUUGCUCCGACUGUUAUCAACAAUCCGACCCGGUUUUUAACCCGACUUCAUCUUCCACUUACAAAUCACUCACUUGCACUGCUCGACAGUGCUCUCUUCUCGAAACCUCCGCUUGUCGUUCAAACAAAUGUCUCUACCAAGUUAGUUACGGCGACGGAUCUUUCACCGUCGGUGAACUCGCUACCGAUACGGUGACGUUUGGUAACUCCGGUAAACUAAACGACGUCGCUUUGGGUUGUGGUCACGAUAACGAAGGUCUCUUUACCGGAGCAGCCGGUUUACUCGGUUUAGGAGGUGGAGCUUUAUCGAUAACCAAUCAAAUGAAAGCGACGUCGUUUUCUUACUGCCUCGUUGACCGUGACUCGGGAAAAUCGUCGAGUCUUGAUUUCAACUCGGUCCAACUCGGUAGCGGAGACGCGACGGCGCCGCUUCUCCGUAACCAAAAGAUCGACACUUUCUACUACGUCGGACUUAGUGGAUUCAGCGUCGGUGGUCAAAAAGUCAUUAUGCCUGAUGCUAUCUUCGACGUCGACGCUUCGGGAAGUGGAGGAGUGAUCUUGGAUUGUGGAACCGCCGUGACUCGUCUUCAAACUCAGGCUUAUAACUCGCUGCGUGACGCGUUUCUUAAACUCACCACGAAUCUCAAAAAAGGAACUUCGAGCAUCUCUCUGUUCGACACGUGUUACGACUUCUCGUCUCUCUCCACCGUGAAAGUACCGACAGUUGCGUUUCAUUUCACCGGAGGAAAGUCGCUUGAUUUGCCGGCGAAGAAUUAUCUGAUCCCAGUAGAUGAUAACGGAACGUUCUGCUUCGCAUUUGCUCCGACGUCGUCGUCGUUGUCGAUCAUCGGAAAUGUGCAGCAGCAAGGGACACGUAUCACUUACGAUCUAGCGAAUAAGAUUAUCGGAUUGUCAGGGAAUAAAUGCUAAAGAAGAAAAGUAGACGAAUUAAUAGUUUUACAGCUAUAUCAGUAAAACUUUUAUGGAACU